GGCUCAUAUCUUCAGAGCAAUAGCUCCUCUGGGACCUAAUAAACUGGAGUUCUCCGACUGUUCUCCAACUGUUCCAGUGCUGCUUGGUUUCUGAUUUUUGCAACUUUUCUUCAACAGUUACCUGUGACCAGCAAGCUGAGGAAAGGAUUGACAUUCGGAGACCGCCGCGCCCUCAGUCUGUUUGGUAGACUCUUCGCCGCACGUGGAGUUAGAGCUGCCAGGUGGUCGCCACCAUGUCCAUGAGCCUCCUGGAAGACUGGUGCCGGGGCAUGGAGGUGGACAUCCACAGGUGCCUCUUGAUCGUCGGCAUCCCGGAGGACUGCGGCCAAGCGGAAAUCGAGGAGACCUUGAAUGGGGUCCUCUCCCCGCUGGGCCCGUACCUCGUGCUCAACAAGAUAUUUUUGAGGGAAGAGAAUGCCAAAGCCGCCCUCGUUGAGGUCAGCGAGGGUGUGAAUGUGAGGGCCAUCCCCCGGGAAUUUCCGGGAAGGGGCGGUGUCUGGAGAGUGGUCUGCAGAGACCCCACCCAGGAUGCAGAGUUUUUAAAAAACCUGAAUGAGUUCCUGGACGUCGAGGGGCGCACCUGGGAGGAUGUGGUCCGCCUGCUCCAGCUCAACCACCCCACAUCUUCCCGGAACCGGAAUCUGCCCCCACAGAACUGGGCAGAGACCUUGGGGGUGCUCCUUGGGACCGUGGUGCAAAUCGUCUUUUACAUGGAUGCCGAGAUCCGCAAGCGGGAGGAGGCCGGGGCCCUGGAGGCCUACGAAGCCCAGUUGGUGGCAGCCUCAGCUGCAGCCACAGGACGGAGAGUGAAGAAGGAACCCGGGCGGGCUUUCGAGGUCGGCUCUGCCUUGAAGAUAGAGAACCCGGACAGCUGGAAUGACGCGGAAGAUGAACGUGACCCCCCCAAACCGCUGGUUCGUAGGGCUGGAGCUAAGACUCGCUCCAGGAGAAAGAAGCAGAAAAAAAACUCCAAGCAGGAACCAGCAUCCUGGAAGAAACCCAGAGGCCAUUGCUCAGCCUCCUCGGAGGAUCCCGAGGCUGCCGAUGGGGAAAGUAUGGAGACCUCAGAAUGUAUCAGGAGCAGCAGGAAGCCCUGCGUGAAGCAGGAAGAAUUGGCUUUCAAGAAGCCCGUGGAGAGGCGCGCCUGGAAGUUUCCUAGAAAUGCAGCUCAGGAUGCCGAGCCAGAAGCUGGGGGCCCUGCAGCUGCCUCUGAGUCAGACCAAGAUGGUGGCCGGGACGGCCCCCCGAAGAAGAAGGCCAUGGGCUGGGCCUCGGCGAAGAGCCCGGCCUCUGGGAGGAAGAAGAAGAAGGUGAGCUUGGGCCCCGUCUCUUACGUCCUCGUCGACGUGGAAGACGCCAAGAAGAAGCCUCCGAUUCCAAAGAAGGGGCCAGGCUCGAGAAGGGGCGCGGCAGCUCAGAAGGCCCCGCGAGGCCCGCAGCCCACCGAGGCGCCAGCUUCAACGUCGCAGGGGGCAAAGGCCAAGCCCGAAGGCUCUCCUCAUGGAGCCCUUGAAGGCCAACAUCGGGACCACCUGCGGGGACAGGAGGUGACAGAGCAAACCCACCGACCUGUGUGGCCGAACACAGAAAGCUUUGAGUUGAGGGGACCACCCACACCCGAGGCGCUGGAAGAAGACCAAGAAAGAAGUUCCAAGUUGGGCACAAAGUGUUCUCUUGUCACUGAGUGAACCAAGGCUUUCGGCUCUUUUAGCGAUGUGGCUCUCAGAGGUCAAUGCCACGUGAGAUCCUAUGUGGGAGGGAGGCGUCUGUACCCCUGUGAUUUUUCUCUGCCAGGCCAGCUUUCCCACCUCCUCCUCGACUCACCUUCUAUAAGCAGAUUGGGAAAAUUCUAGAACAUCGAUCUUGACACAUGGGCACAGUCACAGUCACACUCAUCCACGUUUGGCCUUUUUCCCCCAUUUCCUGCCACCUCUUCUAAUGGUCUGCGGACCCCUGCGGGCCUGGCGUUUUAAAGAGCGGAGCGGCUCUUUCUCCCUGCCACCUGCUCUGUCCCUUGACUGUGGGUGAGUUAAGCCGAGGUCUUCAGUGCGGACCCGGCUUCCUUGCUCCUCCCAGUCCUGAAUUAACAGCCUCCAGUUACUGAGCAGAGGGUGGUAAGGUCCCAAGAGCUAGUUUUGGGGAAAAACAAUGUCCAUUUAGGCCUUGAGGUAUUCAAAUUUUAGGUUCUGUUAAUAAAAAUGGUCCUCGGAUUCCCAUUUGGGGUAAAACCCUCUCAGGAGCCUGCAGGGAGGAGGGGCGAUUGGUCAGGAAGAACUUGGCCUUCCUUGCUGUGAUUCCAUCCACUGCCACCAAACUCUCAAAGUCUUUGAGGCGGCAGACACUUCUCACAUUAUAGUAAGAGGGAAAAAGUUCUUUCAAAAAUGGCUGUUGGUUUCCAUCCUCUGACUAGACCAGAGUACCGUGUCUCCUGCGUGUGCGUGUGUAGGGGGAGGGACAGGAUAUCUGAGAUCAUUGCUUUCUAAACUCUCCUGGGGCGGCCCAAGACGUGCUCAAAGAUGUGAUCCAAAUCUCGUUUUCGAUGUAUUUAAAAAUUUAAAAAAACACUGAAAAAUGGUAAGUUGAAUAUAUCAGAAGCCAAAGCCCAUCCUAUCAGAGACUAUCAAAAUAUUACGUUGUGUUCACUUGUUAACUUGUUUUUGUACAGGUCUCGAAUGAAGUGUUUCUGCCAUUUAUUUGCAUAGAAAUGAAUUUCGUGUAAAUGUGACCAAUGAGAAAGAGUAGGAUCGGGGGUUCGGUCCUGUGCAUGCCCCGUAAUGUACACUUUGUAAUGCACAUGCUCAUGCCCUCAUCCUGCCGUGAUUUUCAGUUGAGUGAUAGCAAGUAGCUGUAUUAACCCGGCACACAGUGGUAGUAUUCUAUCAGAGUUUAGCCCUUUAUGUUUUUAGAGUCUCUCUUCGGACUUCAGUUUUUGUGAUAAAGAAUUUGAACAGUCAGUAGAUGUCGUUAGUGAUUCAACUUUAAAAACAAAGUUCUCGCGAUGAUUCUUUUCAAAGCCCUGGACGAACCUUAACCGACCGUGCAGAACGGAAGAAAAAGGUUCUCUCUGCAUCUGCUCGUCUGUGCGUAUCUCGGCUUUCCUUGGUGUGAGCCAACCAGAGCACAGGCGUGACUUGGACUCUCAAAGUGACGACAGCUUCUGACUCUCCAGCACCCAAUUUCAAAAUCAGAUCCACCGGGGCUUCGUUGUGUUAAUGAACUGACACCGUGAUUAAUCACUGUACAUGCUAUGAAAUAAAGUUUAGCAAAUUUAAA